AUGGCUCCAUUUGAAGCCCUGUAUAGGAGACGUUGUAGAAUACCUUUGUGUUGGUUUCAAGAAGGAGAGUAUGUGUUAACAGGGCCAGAGAUAGUUCAACAGACUACAGAGAAAGUAAAGCUCAUACAGGCGAGGAUGCGGGCAUCUCAAAAUAGGCAGAAGUCCUAUGCUGAUCAAAGGCGCAGGCCGUUGGAGUUUGUAGCUGGGGACCAUGUGUUUCUCCGAGUGACUCCGACUACCGGUGUAGGGAGAGCAAUUCGGGCUAGGAAGUUGUCUCCUAAGUAUCUUGGCCCCUAUCAGAUCCUACGACGUAUAGGGCCGGUAGCUUAUGAGAUAGUCAUGCCACCCCAGUUAGCAAACUUGCAUCCGGUGUUCCAUGUAUCUCAGCUGAGAAAAUAUGUGUCUGAUUCUUCUCAUAUACUUGAAGUUGAAAAUGUGCAAGUUAGAGAGGAUUUGUCAGUGGAAGUACAACCCGUAAGGAUUGAAGAGAGCCAAAACAAACAACUUAGAGGGAGAACUGUCAAACUCGUCAAGGUCAUCUGGGAUGGUAGAAUAGGCGACUCCACAUGGGAAUUAGAGGAUGAGAUGAAAGAAGCAUACCCCCACUUAUUUCUAUGA